AUGGGAGCAGUCAACAUAUGGAAGGAAUAUGCAGGCGCCGUAAUAACAGGUGCACUUGUCAGCAUAGCAGCAAUGCUGCUUAUUGCCACUGGCCUGCGAUAUACCCGCAUUGGCCGGGCACUGUGCUUUAGUGUCGGUGGACACCGAACGCGAAUUGAAUCUUCCAAUGCUGCCACCGUCGCCGAUGCAUUCCUGAGUGCUUGGGUCUGCCGUUUUGGCGCUGCCCUAUCUCUUCACUCGGACUGCGGCGCCAACUUCCAAAGUAAGCUCGUGCGCGACGUCUGUGAUAUUCUGCGCAUCCAUAAAACUCACACAACUCCAGCACAUCCUGAGGGAAAUGGGCAGACGGAGCGAACGAACCGCACUAUUAUCAAUCUACUCAAGGCCCUAGUGGAAUCACACGACCGUCGGAAUUGGGACCUUAGACUUCCCUACGCCAUGAUGACCUAUAGGGCCACGCUGUACUCUUCCACGGGUUAUUCCCCUUUCUUCCUACUCACUGGCCGUCACCUUCGACUACCUUCUGAUUCUUUACUUCUACUUCAUACAUCCGACGGUCCGUCUCCGGACGCUUACGCUUCCGAACUACAAGAAACUCUACGCCUGGCUCAUAACCUCGCCCGCUCUCACCUUCGCAAGGCAUAUGAACGACAGAAAACCUAUUUCGGUCAACACGUCCACGGCGCCCCACAUUCCCCUGGCGACUUGUAG